CUUGCACACGAUGCACACCCGGAACUUUCGUUUACAUUUGUUGAUACCGACUUUUUUAUGUGUGACACUUGAAACGGUUUCCCUGAAACAAGCGAACUCAUUCAAGGGCCCUGUUCUAAGCCUUAAAAAUGUUUUUGACCAGAUCAGAAUAUGACAGAGGUGUGAACACAUUCUCCCCUGAAGGACGAUUGUUCCAGGUUGAAUAUGCCAUAGAGGCUAUUAAAUUGGGCUCCACAGCCAUCGGCAUCCAGACAGCAGAGGGGGUGUGUCUGGCUGUGGAGAAGAGGAUCACCUCUCCCCUGAUGGAGCCCAACAGCAUUGAGAAAAUAGUGGAGAUUGACAGUCAUAUUGGUUGUGCGAUGAGUGGCUUGAUAGCUGAUGCCAAGACUCUAAUUGACAAAGCAAGAGUGGAAACACAGAACCACUGGUUUACAUACAAUGAGACAAUGACCGUGGAGAGUGUGACUCAGGCUGUGUCCAACCUGGCACUGCAGUUUGGAGAGGAGGAUGCUGAUCCUGGUGCCAUGAGUCGACCAUUUGGCGUAGCACUUUUGUUUGGAGGAGUUGAUGAAAAAGGACCACAGCUGUACCACAUGGAUCCAUCUGGAACGUUUGUGCAGUGCGAUGCCAGAGCUAUUGGCUCAGCAUCUGAGGGGGCACAGAGCUCUCUGCAAGAGGUCUACCACAAGUCAAUGUCACUAAAGGACGCCAUCAAAUCAUCUCUCACCAUUCUGAAGCAAGUGAUGGAGGAGAAGCUCAAUGCCACCAACAUUGAGCUGGCCACAGUAGAGCCUGGGAAAACCUUUCACAUGUAUUCCAAAGAAGAGCUGGAAGAUGUAAUCAAGGAUAUCUAGAGCAGCAAAGACUUAAAGGUCUUGGUUUGAGCUCUAUGCAGAAGAGGUGAGGAUGCAAAAGAACACCUGGGCUGAAUGUUGCAACACAACCACAACUUUCCUUCAGCACAUUCUCCCUCGUUCUGCAUUCAGAUUUUUUUUACAUGCACAGAGGCUUCUCUUUGUAAUGUACUAAAUUACUUCUUGUCUCUCAGUAUCUGAAAAGCUCUGUAAAAUAGUCUGACCAGCGCGUUUAACUGAGUGGCAGAAGGAAGGGGGAUAUUUUUUGUUACGAAUCAUUACCGCAAUUAAACUGUUGUAUUCAGAAAGUGA